GUCCCAGUCAGUGAGCGAGGCGGAGGGAGCGCACCCAGCGCAGGCUCAAUGACACAGCGGGCAGCCUGCAGCAGCAAGCCCCGAGCCCCGGCCGGACCCUGACGGACAGUCCGAGGAGCCGGGCCCCGCACCAGGAGCACUCGCCUGCAGCGGACGGGCGGAUGGAGAGGGCCACGGGGAGCGCACGGCCUGGCAAAGCCACAGAGCUGCAGCAGAGCCAGGUGUGACAGAGAUCAAAAAUGAGUAGCCUCGGGGACAGCUCCACCGACCCUGCGAGCCAGGAGCGCAAGAGGAAAGCCCCGCCAUGUGACGUCCUCCAGAACACCGAGAAGCGCAGGCGGGAGCAGGAGAACAAAUACCUGGAGGAGCUCGCCGAGCUGCUGUCGGCCAACAUCGCGGACAUCGACAGCCUGAGCGUGAAGCCGGACAAAUGCAAGAUCCUCAUCAAGAGGAUGGACCAGAUCCAGCAGCUGAGGAAGAAGCAGCAGGAGAAGGCUCCCGGAGCGGACGACGACGUUCAGAAGUCGGACAUCUCGUCCAGCAGCGGGGGAGUCAUCGAGAAGGAGUCGCUCGGCCCGCUGCUUCUGGAGGCUCUCGAUGGAUUCUUCUUCGUCGUCAACCAAGAGGGCCGCAUCGUCUUCGUGUCGGAGAACGUCACCAACUACCUGGGGUACAAGCAGGAGGAGCUCAUGAAGGACAGCAUCUACAGCAUCCUACACGUGGGAGACCACGAGGAGUUCGUCAAGAACCUGCUGCCCAAAUCUCUCGUUAAUGGGGGUCCCUGGACCCAGGAAGCCAACCAGCGGAACAGCCAUACGUUAAACUGCAGAAUGCUGAUCCGGCCCCCAGACGACGCGGGGGCCGAGAACCAAGAGGCGCGCCAGCGGUACGAAGUGAUGCAGUGCUUCACCGUGUCGCAGCCCAAAUCCUUCAAAGAGGAAGGAGAAGAUUUCCAGUCCUGUCUGAUAUGCAUUGCCCGGAGAUUACCUCGAACCGCACCUAUACCCUCAAUAGAGUCAUUCAUGACGAAACAAGAUGCUACAGGAAAAAUCAUCUCCAUCGACACCAGUUCCCUGAGAGCGUCGGGCAGCUCCGGCUGGGAGGACCUCGUCAGAAAAUGUAUAUACGCUUUUUUCCAAGCUCAGGGCACAGAGCCAUCUUACGCCAAACAGCUUUUUCAAGAAGUGAUGACGCGAGGAACCGCAUGCAGCCCAUCCUACAAGUUCACCCUGAGCGACGGGACCGAGCUUCGUGCCCACACCAAGUGCAAGCUUUGCUACCCUCAAAGCCCGGACAUGCAGCCCUUCGUCAUGGGAAUUCACAUCAUCGAAAGGGAUCAGGGCUCUCACUGUCCUCAAGAAAACACUAACUCAGGAAUGUCGCUGCCACGACUAAGCCCCUCCGUCAACUCCACCAUGACCCCUCCUCAAGGGCCGCCCUUCUCUUCCUCCCCGUCCGGCGGCAACAUGCUGACCUCCUCGUUAAACCAGCAGCCAGUCUCUGGCCUCCAUAACAUCAGCAGCUCCAACACCAGCCAAGCAAACUAUGGGUGUUCUCCUGGAAGUCAGAUCGGAACCAAUGUUGCCUUAAAUCCGGGGCAGGCUGGUCCCCAAAACAGUAACAAUCCUAACCUCAACAACUCCCCCAUGAGCAGCCCCGGGAUCAGUCCCCCUCACUUCAUGUCCCCUAGGCCACGGGGAAGCCCGGGAUUGCUUUCGCGUUCCAGAGUUUCAGGUAAUCCCUUUUCUCCGCCGAUGCCCACCAUACACUCCCCGGUGGGCAUUUCAAGCAGCGGCUGCACCACCAACAACAACAACAGGUCCUUUCCGAAUUUACCCCUCAACUCCAUGCCGAUUUUGAGCGACGGACCGGCGACCUCCGUGGGGUUUUCUGCCCAGUCUCCGGGUUUGACGGGCAGUCCGUGCGGGAACAACAACGGCAGGCUGUUUUCAGGCAACCCGAUGAACGCCGUCCAGGGAGUUGGUGAGGGAUCCGCCGCCCCGCUGGGGUACCACACGGCUUCUCCCGUCCUGCGGCAGAUGAGUUCGCAGAAUUCUCCCGGACGUCUUAACAUGCAGCCCAUAAAAAUGGAGCCCAAUGACAGGGUGACGGAGGGGGAAACCAAAAAUCCCCUGUCCUCUUCUAGUAACAAACUGGUACAGCUCCUGGCCACCACGGCCGAGCAGCAGUUACGGGACGUGGACACGAGUUGUCGAGACCCCCUAACCUGUCCUGUCGUGUCUAACUCCGGCUGCGGAAAUCCCACCGGCGGAACCUGCCCCUCAUCUCACAGUUCCCUGACGGAGCGACACAAGAUUUUACACCGGCUCCUCCAGGAAGGAAGCCCCUCCGACAUCAGCACCCUGUCUUUGGAACACGACAAAAAAAGUGCGGGGUCCGGCAGCGCCCAGCCUCCGGGGUCCGCGGCGGAGGUCAAAGCGGAGCCUUUCGGCGAUAAGAAGAAGGACUCCAAAGAUCAUCAGCUCCUGCGCCACUUGCUAGACAAGGACGAGAAGGAAGGGAGAGCGGCGCCUGGUCUGAGCCUGGAGGACGUCAAAGUAAAAGUGGAGAAAACGGAGCAGGCGGAUCAGUGCGGCUCGGCUCCCGGCGGAUCGGCUCCCGGCGGCUUGGCCAAGCAAGACGAAAUCAAGCUGGAGCCGCAGAACCAGUUUACAGAUAACUUUGACCAGCUUGACCAGUUGCUGCCCGCGCUGGAGAAGGCCGCCCAGCUGCCCGGCUUCGGGGUAUCAGACAGGGCAGACAGCGGCACCCCGAUGAAGACCGAAAUAUUACCCCCGCCGCUGCAGACCGGCACCGUGGCCAGGACACCGGCUGGCCUCAGCAGUUUUAAUGGCGCCGCUCGCUCCCCGUUUGGGUUCUGCGAGGCUCUGGAUUCCGUCCGCUCGGAUCUGAACCCUUUCCCCGCUCCCAGCGACACGAGUCCUCGCUCGGGGCUGACGCCGGAGCAGAGCCGGGGGCCGAUCCCGGGGCCCGCCUCGUUUCACACGGAUCCCGGUUUGCCGGACCCAGAUCUGGGGCUCGCAGACGCGCAGUUCGGGCAGACGGGGCUCGGGGAGCACAUGCUGUGGGCCGAUAACAUGCCCUCCAUGAACCGCGUGACGCCAAAUACACAGGAAGAGAUCGACGACUUUCUGUGUCCUCCGACCACCGUGGAGGGACGCAACGACGAGAAGGCUCUGCUCGAGCAGCUCGUGUCCUUCCUCAGCGACAAAGACGAGACCGAGCUGGCCGAGCUGGACCGAGCCCUGGGGAUUGACAAGCUGGUGCAGGGUGGUGGUCUGGAUACGGUGAACGACCGGUUCCCACAGCAGUCUCCGGCGGCACCGAUGCUGAUGGAUCAGAAGCCUAGCCUGUAUCCCCAAGCUUAUGCCUCCGCCAACCCGGCUCUCGCCAACCCUUUCUCCCCCAUGGCCAGGCAGAAGACCGCCUAUGGGUCUGUUCCGGUCCAAGUUCCUCCGCCGAGGGGAGCGUACCCAAACGCCAUGAACAUGCAGCCUCGGCAGAUGCAAGUGCGGUCGGCUUCCGCCUCCAACCAGCUCCGUCUGCAGCUGCAGCAAAGGCUACAGGGGCAGCAGAUGUUACACCAGAACCGGCAAGCCAUCCUCAGCCAGUUUGGCGUCGGCAACGGAGUGCAGAUGGGCAUGAGACCUGGCGUGCCGCAAGCCAUCACUCCUCAGCCGCCGCUCAACGCUCAGAUGUUGGCCCAGCGGCAGCGUGAGCUGUACAGCCAGCACCACCGGCAGAGGCAGCUCAUGCAGCAAAGAGCCCUCCUGAUGAGGCAGCAGGGUUUCGGGAACCUCCAACCCUCGGCUGGCCUGCCUGUCACGAUGGGGAGCUCCCGGAUACCCCAGGCCCCCCCGCAGCAAUUCCCCUAUCCCCACAGCUACGGUACGAACCCCGGCAACCCACCCCCGUCCACCAGCCCUUUCUCGCAGUUGGCGACGACCCCUGAAGCUACGUUGCCGAACCGCAGCAGCACGGGUGGCGUUGGCGGCAUGGUGAACAGGGGCAUGAUGGGAAAUGUCGGAGGACAGUUUGGCUCUGGAAUGAAUCCUCAGAUGCAGCAAAACAUUUUCCAGUAUUCAACGACAGGUAUCGGCCAGCAGGGGGAUCCUACGUUUGCACCUUCUUUGAGCCCAACCAGCCCCCUGAUGUCCCCUCGCAUCACCCCAUCUCAGAGUCCCAUGCUCCAGCAGGCACCGUCUACCCCCGGGUACCAGUCUCCGGACCUCAAGACCUGGCAGGGAAACACCAUGGGCAGCUCGAGUGUGUUCGGGCCGGGGGCUCAGACGCAGCCCGCUCCCGGCCAGCAGGGAAUGUACAACAACAUGAGCAUCACGGUGUCCAUGGGAGGCGGAAACGCCGGGGUCCAGAACGUCAACCAAAUGGGCGGACAAAUGCAGAUGGGCUCCCUGCCCAUGCAAACCAUGAAUUCUCUGUGCACAGACCAGCAGAUCAAUGACCCGGCCCUGAGACCCUCCGCGCUGUACUGCAACCAGCUCUCCUCCGCAGACCUGCUGAAAACGGAGGCAGAGACGGGCCAGCAGGUGCAGCAGGUCCAGGUGUUUGCGGAUGUCCAGUGCACCGUGAAUCUGGUGGGAGGAGACCCUUACAUGAACCCGACGGGGUCCAUCUCGUCACAGAAGACCACCGGUCCUCAGACGCCGCAGUCUCAGCAGAAGAGCCUCUUGCAGCAGCUGCUCACCGAAUGACCUCUCGUGAUCAGCCGUCUGAUGAUGGCGCGAUGGAAAACGGAACCGAGCUAUAGAAUUAUAUAUACUCGCCUAUAUAUAUAUAUAUUCUAUAUCAACUUUGCUGAGAUCUUCGACAUCUCAAACUGCAGCCAUCCUUUUCGGGUCGAAAUACCGCGGGGCAAAAAAAAACAAAAAUAAUAAGGUUU